UUUUUUUCUUAGACCGCUGGGAAUAUAGACAGUUUAAUAAGUAAUUAGAUACUCCAUUCCAAAUCUGAAAUUAAAAUGAGUUCGACCGAAAACCCUUCCACCACCGGCGCCACCGUUGACGGCGGCCUUAUCAUCUCAACCACCGAAACAAUACAUUCAUUUCUCGCCGGAGCUUCAUCGGAGCUCGAGCUCUCGGACGACCUGAGAGAACUCGCCUCUUCCCUUAUUGAUAAUCCGACGUUACCGUACAAACAUCUGAGAUCAGUUUGGGUCGGGUCAAACCCGUCAGACCGACCCGAUCUAAUGGGGUUGUUAUCCGGAUGCAAGUUGGUGUUUUGCAGUCCGAAACCCAGAGAAAAAAGUGAGGAACUUAAAGAAAGGUUGAGGAAACUUGAAGAAAUGGCGGAGAGGAAAGCGUAUGAUGAAUUAGUGAAGGAUAUUACUCCGAAGAAAGAUGAGGGUGAACCCUUUUCGUCUUAUAAAGAUCAAAUGGGCUUUGGUUUACAUGUUGCUUUAACAAUGUUCACUGGCUAUCUGUUGGGAUAUUAUGCAUUCAGGGCCUUAUUUAAUCACAGUCCAGCAAUGAGCGCUGCUGGAGGCAUUCUUGGAUUGGUCAUUGGCAUGCUUGUAGAGACACUUCUCUUUAUUAUUAGAACUUCGAGUAUGGAUAAAAAACCGGCUAGGAAAGCCACUUCUUUCGCAACGAAGCAGAAAAAGAAUCAGUAGGCUUCAUCACAAGAAGUUGGUUCUUUCUAGUUUCCUGAGAAGUAGGAAUAAACUUUUUGGUUUUCAGCAAAUCUCAUUUAUUUCUCCUCCUGUGAAUUUUUACGCUGUAAAAAUAUGUAUUUGUGUAGCUCAUUAUAUGUUCGAUAUAUGUAUUCCCCUCGCAAUGCCAAAUUAUUUCUAAUUGGGAAGUUUUACAAUCUUAUGGAGUGUAAUGUCUUUUUAUGUUUUGGCACCUGUAAUACAGAAGUUAAUCCUUAGUCUUGCUGGAAUAGAUAUGUUUAGAUUUUCAAGAUCUUA